CUUCUAUUUCUAUCUAUCUACCCUUUUUCCCUUGAAAGCUCAAAAUUGUUCAUGAAAGCUUCGUUUCCGAUUAACAAUUCUUUGAAUAAUAGAGACUUUACUUUCUGAGGUUUUAACCCCUUUAAGGCUUUCCCUAACUUGAGGCUGUGCUCAUUUGCUGAGAGUUUUGCUGCAAGGACUUGACACAAAUUGUGUAAAUGUCUGUGGCUUUUACCAACCUCUCUUGGUGGUUGUGGAGUGGAAAGCAUCAAGAGCCAAGAAUCCCAAAUGGGCCUUCUAUAAAUUCUUCCGCCGAUUCAAAUUUGUGGGAAUCGGAUGUUUUGAGGUUUCCUUUGGUUCAGGCGAAUGUGGGGUCCUCAUCUAGAAAGGUGAAGCGCAAAUGGCAUAGUAGGGGGGAGAGGAAGGUGGAUAGGGAAUAUGAUGUUGUUCUGGUUCCAUCUGAUGGUGGAUGUGUUUCUGGUUCCGAAUCUGAUGAUUCUGACUGGUCAAUUGGCUGGUUAGAGCCUCACGGACCUGGUUUCCCAAGUGAUGAUGAAACAGAUAACAGUUUUGCUGUGAUUGUUCCCUGUUACGGCCGAGACUAUGGCAGAAUAAUGGAGGAUCCAAAAGGCAAUUUACUGAGGGGUGUUGGGAACUUUCCAGACAGUUAUUCAGAUGAGAGCAAAAAAUUUGUGGAAGACUGGCUCUCUUCUCUUAGAAAUACCUGAUGCACAACCAUUCAUCAUUGUGAUCCUGCACUUCCUUAGAAAAAUCUUCUUUUGUGGUCCUUAGCUAAUAAACCAUUUGUAUAAUGUAAAUAUUGUAAAAAAAAGAAAGAGGCAUUGAUGUGAUGUCAGAAUAUGAUUGGUUAAGGUCGAGUCUUGGUUAAUUCAAAUCUAUGAGGAGCAGAUAUGGGCCAAGUAUGAAAGCAGUUGUGAUGCUUUGGCACUGAGAAUGAUGUGCAAAUGCUGUUGUCCUCUCUUCUUCCUUUGAUUCGAGAGUCCAAACAUCGUGACUGAAUUUGAGAGCUGUAUUGAAGUGUGACUUUUGGAACUUGCAAUUCGUUCAUGUAAAUAUGGUAAUUGUUUGAAUGCUUGAUCAUGUACUCAAAUUUGUACAUAACUGUAUAUAAAUUUUGUAUAACAUGGGUGUACUUAUGUGUAUAUAUGUGUGUUUUUUGUAGUUUGCUUGGAUGUAUAGUUAAAUUAGCACUGUUUUGUAUAGGUCCGUUAAUAAUCAAAAGCCUCUAGUCUUUUCUCUGUUUCUCUAAAAGAUAAUAGCAUUUCCCUUUGGGGAUUCAAGGUUAUUGGAGUUUCUUGUAAGCGUUUAUUUGGAAUACUUGUGUGAAUUAAUUUUAA